GCCGGCUCGGGUGCUCCCCAGGGGAGUCGCCCCAUGAUGAAGGAGCAGCGAUACGCAGGUCACAUGACCACGGGCACAAGCCCCCGACAGGGGAGUUUGUCCAUCGACUGUUGAACUGUUGACCUGCGUUGGUUCGGCUUCCCUCCUCCACCGGUGUCCCCGGCAUGGCGUCCCCCCGGCUGGAGACCUUCUGCUGCCCGAACAGAGACGCGGCCACCGAGUUCGUGGUGUCCUUCCAGCCGGUGCUGUUCGGCGCUUUGGGUUUGGGGAGCGCGAGUCUCAGUCUCGUCUUCGCCGUUUUGCAAAUUCUGCCCAAACGCAGAGGAUACCGGCGGCUGGGACAGUACGCGCUGCCGAGGCCCGCGUCCUCCUCGCGGAUAUUGUUCAUCAUCAGUAUAUGUGACAUACUGGGAUGCGCAGGUAUCAUCGUGCGGUCCUCCGUCUGGUUGGGCCUCCCGAACUUCAUCGACGGCAUCUCAGUGGCCAACGGCACGUACGCCGGGCCGGAGGUCUUCUGUGUUGGCAGCGCGAUGUGGAUCCAGUUGUUUUUCAGCGCUUCUUUUUGGUGGACCUUCUGUUACGCCGUCGACGUCUUCCUGGUUGUGAAAACAUCUGCGGGAAUCAGCACCAUCAUCCUCUACCACAUGAUCACGUGGGGUCUGGCUGUGCUGCUGUGUGUGGAAGGCGUGGCCAUGCUCUACUACCCAUCUAUCUCCGACUGCGAGCAAGGUCUCCAGCACGCUAUCCCACACUACGUCACCACCUACGCACCCAUGCUCCUCGUCCUGGUGGCCAACCCGGUCUUCUUCAACCGGACCGUAUCUGCAGUGACGUCUUUGCUGAAAGGACGACAAGGAAUCUACACGGAAAACGAGAGGCGGCUGGCAAACGAGAUAAAGAUCCGCUUCUUUAAGAUAAUGCUGGUCUUCUGUAUUUGCUGGGUUCCCAACAUCAUCAACGAGAGCCUCCUCUUCUACCUGGAGAUGCAGACGGACAUCGGCGCGAUCGGUUUCAGGAACAUCAGGAACGCAGCUCUCAUCACCUGGUUUAUCAUGGGCAUCCUGAACCCCAUGCAGGCUUUCCUCAACACCUUGGCCUUUCACGGCUGGACGGGCCUGGACGUGGACCUGCGGCCGCGGGGGAGGCGGGAGCUGGCCUGGGACUCGGCUUCCACCUCGGUGCCCCACGCGGCGGGCAACAACCCCUUGGUGGGAACCACGCUGCUCUACCAGAGUCACGUGCAGGAGGCCAAGAAGAACGGCAGCAACGGGCAGCAGCACUCGGACGCCAUCAGCGUCCUCUCAGAAGGUUCUGAGUCUAGUACAGUUGAAAUCCACAUUUCCAGCGAUCUACGAGACUAUGAGGAUGUAGACGCUGAUGGAGAAUCCAUGGAGAGCUCUGUGAGACACUAGCCUGGGGGGUGGGGGGGGGGUUGACCCGCCUCCCUCUGCUUUCCUGUGCCACUAUUGUCAUUUGCUACUUUUUGUUUUAGAUGGUGUCCUCUUAGCCGCUAACAUCCCGUUGGGUUUUUCGCCCAGAUUAGAAACUGGUAAACUGGUCAUGGGAUUUCAUUCUAAGCCCUUUGUUCCUUCCUCAAACGUAGUUAAUCUGUCUGCAGUAGUUUAGUGUGACGUUGUGGACCCAUUGACUGAACAAUCCCAAAACUACUUCAGUUUGUUAUAGUCAACAGAAGAAAAAAAACACAUUUUCUGAAUUAUUAACCUGGCGGCUUUGUGAAGCAGCUCUUAGCACAACACAAUAAGCUGAUUAGACAUGUUUUGAACAAAGUUGCUGUAUUCCCAGUUGCACGCCGUGUAUUUUUGUAAACAUCUAUUUUUUACUGUGUUACAUUCAAAAAGAAUGUUUUGAGGGUUUUGAUUGAAAAUAAAUGAACAACACAGAAGUCAA